GCAUCGCAAGAAAAGCAGAAGGCUGAUGCCGAAAAAGAAAGGAAGGAGCUAAGAGAUUCUGUUCUCUCGAGAGUUCUUGAUCAAUCUGCACGUGCAAGACUCAAUACACUUAAAAUGACUAAACCAGAGCUUGCCCAACAGGUUGAGACAAUGCUUUUCCAAAUGGGCUGUUCGGGGCGAAUACAGAGCCAGGUUAGUUCUUCAGAAUGCCAUGAAACUUCUUUAUUUUUCUUCCAGACUCGCAUUUAUAUCCUAACUAUUUAG